GGGCGGGGGAGGGGGCGCCCGCGCCGCCAUAUUCGCUCCCGCCGGCGGCCCCGCGGCGCCACCACCAUGAGCACCGCCGCCUUCCACAUCUCCAGCCUCCUGGAGAAGAUGACGUCCAGCGACAAGGACUUCAGGUUCAUGGCCACCAGCGACCUGAUGUCCGAGCUGCAGAAGGACUCCAUCCAGCUGGACGAGGACAGCGAGCGCAAGGUGGUCAAGAUGCUCCUUCGGCUCCUGGAUGACAAGAAUGGGGAGGUGCAGAACCUGGCGGUCAAGUGCCUGGGUCCCCUGGUGGGCAAAGUGAAGGAGUACCAGGUGGAGACCAUUGUGGAUGCCCUGUGUGCCAACCUGCGGUCAGACAAGGAACAGCUCCGAGACAUCGCCGGCAUCGGCCUCAAGACGGUCCUCUCAGAGCUGCCCCCCGCGGCCACAGGCUCUGGGCUGGCCACCAACGUGUGCCGGAAGAUCACGGGCCAGCUCACCAGUGCCAUCGCCCAGCAGGAAGACGUGGCUGUGCAGCUGGAGGCCCUGGACAUCCUGUCUGACAUGCUGAGCAGGCUGGGCGCGCCGCUGGGCACCUUCCACGCCAGCCUGCUGCACUGUCUGCUGCCCCAGCUGAGCAGCCCGCGCCUGGCCGUGCGCAAACGGGCCGUCGUGGCUCUCGGCCACCUGGCGGCGGCCUGCAGCACCGACCUCUUCGUGGAGCUCGCCGAUCACCUGCUGGACCGGCUGCCCGGCCCGCGCGCCCCCGAUGCGUUUAUCUUCGCCAAGUCUCUGCCCCGUGGGCGUUGUCACCCUGCCUGUAAAGUCGUCACUGUGGGCUGUGGGCUGGGGAGACCCAGAGAAGGGUCUGGCCUAGCUGACCUGCCUGGCCCUGCAGGGGCCCACCUGGACCGCCUGGUGCCCCUGGUGGAGGAGUUUUGCAACCUGGAUGACGAUGAACUCCGGGAGUCCUGCCUCCAAGCCUUCGAGGCCUUCUUGAGGAAGUGUCCCAAGGAGAUGGACCCUCAUGUGGCCAACGUGACCAGCCUCUGCCUCCAGUACCUCAAGCACGAUCCCAACUAUAAUGACCACAGCGACGAGGACGAGGAGCAGAUGGAGACCGAGGACAGCGAGUUCAGUGAACAAGAGAGCGAGGACGAGUACAGUGACGACGAUGACAUGAGUUGGAAAGUGCGCCGGGCGGCGGCCAAGUGCAUCGCGGCCCUGAUUGGCUCCAGGCCCGACCUGCUGCCCGAUUUCCUCUGCACCCUGGCGCCCGCCCUCAUCCGCCGCUUCAAGGAGCGGGAGGAGAACGUCAAGGCCGAUGUCUUCGGGGCCUAUAUCGUGAUGCUGCGGCAAACACGGCCCCCCAAGGGGUGGUUGGAGGCUGUGGAGGAACCCACCCAGACGGGGAGCAACCUGCACAUGCUGCGGGGACAGGUGCCCCUGGUCAUCAAGGCCCUGCAGCGACAACUGAAGGACCGCAGCAUCAGGGCCCGGCAGGGCUGCUUCAGCCUUCUGACCGAGCUGGCCGGCGUCCUCCCUGGCAGCCUGGCGGGGUACAUGCCGGUACUGAUGUCAGGCAUCGUCUUCUCCAUUGCUGACCGCUCCAGCUCCUCCACCAUCCGGAUGGACGCCCUGGCCUUCCUGCAGGGGCUGCUGGGUACAGAGCCGGCCGAGGCCUUCCACCCGCACCUGCCCACCCUCCUGCCCCCUGUGAUGGCCUGCGUGGCCGACCCUUUCUACAAGAUGGCAGCCGAGGCCCUGCUGGUGCUCCAGGAGCUGGUGCGCGCCCUGUGGCCCCUGGACAAGCCUCGGAUGCUGGAUCCGGAGCCCUACGUGGGAGAGAUGUCCGCAGCCACCCUGGCACGACUCCGCGCCACCGACCUGGACCAGGAGGUCAAGGAAAGGGCCAUCUCUUGCACGGGCCACCUGGUGGGCCACCUAGGUGACCGUCUUGGGGAUGACCUGGAGCCCACCCUGUUGCUCCUCGUGGACCGCCUGCGCAACGAGAUCACCCGGCUGCCCGCCGUCAAGGCUCUGACCCUGGUGGCCAGGUCCCCACUGCGCCUCGACAUGCAACCCAUCCUGGCCGAGGCGCUGCCCAUUCUGGCCACCUUCCUGCGCAAGAACCAGCGGGCACUGCGGCUGGCCACCCUGGCCGCCCUGGACGCCCUGGCGCAGAGUCAAGGACUCCACCUCCCGCCCUCUGCCGUGCGCGCGGUGCUGGCCGAGCUGCCCGCGCUGGUCAGCGAGAGUGACAUGCACGUGGCCCAGCUGGCCGUGGACUUCCUGGCCACGGUGACCCAGGCCCAGCCGGCCUCUGUGGCCGAGGUCAGCGGCCCGGUGCUGGCGGAGCUGCUGGGGCUCCUGCGAUCGCCUCUGCUGCCCGCGGGGGUGCUGGUGGCCGCCGAGGGCUUCCUGCAGGCCCUGGUGGGGACGCGGCCACCCUGCGUGGACUACGCAGAGCUCAUCGACCUGCUCGUCGCGCCCGUUUAUGACCCGGAGGGUGGUGGCGGGCCAGCGCUGGCCAAGCAGGCCUUCCACUCCCUGGCGCGCUGCGUGGCCGCCCUGUCCAGCGCGUGUCCCCAAGAGGCGGCGGCCACCGCCCAUCGCCUGGUGUGCGACGCCCGAUCGCCGCACUCGAGCACCGGGGUCAAGGUGCUGGCCUUCCUGUCGCUGGCAGAAGUGGGCCAGGUGGCCGGGCCGGGUCCCCAGCGGGAGCUGAAGGCGGUGCUGCUGGACGCGCUGGGGUCCCCCAGCGAGGACGUGAGGGCGGCCGCGUCGUACGCGCUGGGCCGAGUGGGCGCGGGCAACCUGCCCGACUUCCUGCCCUUCCUGCUGGCGCAGAUCGCCGCCGAGCCCCGGCGACAGUACCUGCUGCUGCACUCGCUGCGGGAGGCCCUGGGCGCCGCGCAGCCCGACGCCCUGAAGCCCUACGCCGAGGACGUGUGGGCGCUGCUCUUCCAGCGCUGCCCCGACGCCGACGAGGGCACCCGCGGGCUGCUGGCCGAGUGCGUGGGCAGGCUGGUCCUCGUCAACCCCCCGUUCCUGCUGCCCCGCUUCCGCAAGCAGCUGGCUGCAGGUCAGCCACACACCCGAAGCAUGGUCAUCACCGCGGUCAAGUUCCUCAUCUCGGACCAGCCCCACCCCAUCGACCCCCUCCUGAAGAGCUACAUUGGAGAGUUCAUGGAGAGCCUGCGGGACCCGGAUCUGAACGUCCGCAGGGCCACCCUGACCUUCUUCAACUCGGCCGUGCACAACAAGCCCUCGCUGGUGCGGGACCUGCUGCAGGACAUCCUGCCCCUGCUCUACCAGGAGACCAAGAUCCGCCGGGACCUGAUCCGAGAGGUGGAGAUGGGGCCCUUUAUGCACACGGUGGACGACGGGCUGGACGUGCGGAAGGCGGCCUUCGAGUGCAUGUACUCUCUGCUCGAGAGCUGCCUGGGCCAGCUGGACAUCUGUGAGUUCCUGAACCACGUGGAGGACGGGCUGAAGGACCACUAUGACAUCCGGAUGCUGACCUUCAUCAUGCUAGCACGGCUGGCCGCCCUGUGUCCUGUGCCUGUCCUGCAGAGGGUGGACCGGCUCAUUGAGCCACUGAGAGCCACCUGUACCGCCAAGGUCAAAGCCGGCUCAGUGAAGCAGGAGUUUGAGAAGCAGGACGAGCUGAAGCGCUCCGCCAUGAGGGCCGUGGCCGCCCUGCUGACCAUCCCCGAGGCGGGGAAGAGCCCCAGCAUGGCCGACUUCUCAGCCCAGAUCCGAACCAACCCCGAGCUCACCAUCCUCUUCGAGAGCAUCCAGAAGGAUUCCGCCUCAGCCCCCAGCACGGACUCGAUGGAGCUCAGCUAGAUGUCCUGCUGCUCAGGAGGAGUCCAGCAAACCCCGGCCUCCCAGCCACAAGACCGGGGCCUGACUUCUGUCCUUCAUCUCACCGGGGGCUCUCGGGGGCCCGGGUUGGGGCUACAGUGCCUUCUCCAGGGACCCAAUCUCGCAGGCCCCCAGCCCCAACCGCGAGGCCAACCGUGGGCCCUUUCACUCAGGAUGUUGUUGGGGGACAGUGUUUUCCAGUGACCUGUCACCCUUCCAGUUAUUCUGGCUCCUUCAAACUGGGGAGUCCCUGCCUCACUCACCCGCACUCAGAAAUGCACAGCCUUCAGUCGCCGUCUCCCCUGGCUCCUCACCCCCACCCGUCCUCCUCCUCUUGAAGUGAUCUGGGGUCUCUGCUGCCAUUAAGGCACUGCCAUUAAGGCAGUGCUCUGGCCAAGAGUCUUAAUGGAGUGGCAGGUGGGUCAUGGCUGUAAUCCUAGUAACUGGGGAGGCUGAAGCUGGAGGAUUCCAGGUUUGAGGCCCGUCCUCUGAGAAGUUAGCAAGGCCCUGUCUCAAAAAUCAAAAAGGCUGGGGAUGUAGCUCUGUGGCUGAGCACCCUGGGGUUCAAUCCUCAAUAUGGAAAAAUAUCAGGGUGAGGGUGUCAGCCAGUCGUAGGACAUUCCUCCAGCACGUGAGGCUGUGGGUUCCAUCCCCAGUGCAACCCCCACCCCCAAGGAAACCAGUUCAGAUACUUGAGUUAUUCAUUCUAAAUUUCAAAAAAAAAAAAAAAUAAGUACGAGGGCCUUUUUUGCAGGGAGGAUACACAGGACAAGGACCUGAAGGGUUGACCCUAAUGUUUCAUUUCUACCUUCAAAUGAUGUAACCAAUCAGGAAACAGGAAAGUACGAAUCUCUUUUCCUUCACCACUGAGGCAUAACCAGUUUGUGUCCUGAAGAUUUGAAAUUCCAUACUAGACUUUAGUAUCGAAUUUAAAUAAAAACAGGCCAAAGCUUUUUUUUUUUUGUGAUAAGCAAAGCUAAUAAAGAAUAGAUCCUAAAUUGCUA